AUGGGUGCGGUUUAUUUGGUCUUUUUCAUAGUUGCUCUCAAUCGAACAAUUAUCGCAACCGCUAUCCCCCGAAUCUCCGACGACUUAAAAGCCCUCGAAGACAUCGGCUGGUACGGCAGCGUCUACUUCAUCAACAACUGCUCCACCCAGCUCAUCUUCGGCAAGAUCUACACCCUCUACUCGCCUAAAUGGGUCUUCAUCUUCGCCAUCGUCCUGUUUGAAAUCGGCUCUGCGGUUUGCGAUGCCGCUCCAAAUUCCAUCGCCUUCAUAUUCGGCAGAGCUAUUGCGGGAAUGGGGUCGUCCGCUAUCUUCGCGGGUGCUGUUGUUAUCAUACUCCAUACCAUACCGCUCCCCAAACGGCCAAUGUAUCUGGGGUUUCUAGGGUCUACCUUUGGGCUCGCCUCCGUCGUGGCCCCGCUGCUAGGCGGGGUGUUUACGGAUAAGGUUUCAUGGAGAUGGUGUUUCUAUAUCAACCUUCCCAUUGGAGCGGUGACGUUAGCGAUCGUGAUCUUCGUUCUGAAGAUGCCAAAGACAAAGAGUGGUACAGAUCUUGCUAGUGCGUUCUUCAAGAAGAAGAUGUUGCAUCUUGAUCCCUUCGGAAUGCUUUGUUUUUUUCCAGGCAUGCUUUGUCUGUUGCUGGCGUUGCAGUGGGAUGGAAGAACAUAUGGGUGGAAUUCAGCCCGGAUAAUCGUCUUGCUCGCGGUGUUUGUAUUGCUGCUGCUGGGGUUUGUGGGCCUUCAGGUAUGGAAUAAGGAGUACGCGAAUGUGCCAGGACGGAUAGCCGCGCAGAGAAGUAUGGUCGCUGGCGUUUACUACACAAUCUGCACUGGCGGACACAUGCUGGUAGUGCUGUAUUACCUACCCAUCUGGUUCCAGGCAAUUAAGGGCGUGAGCGCCGUCAAUUCUGGAAUCAAUAUCCUUCCCACCAUGUUAUCUGUCGUCGUCGGUGGCAUUGCGGCUGGCACGCUGGUCAGCAAAAUAGGAUAUUACACUCCAUUCAUGAUCCUCAGCACAGUUUUCUCCUCCGUAGGCACUGGCCUAAUGAUUACCUUUACGAAGGAGACGGGCCAUGCGAAAUGGAUCGGAUACCAGGUUUUGUAUGGCUUUGGGCUCGGCACGGGUAUGCAGCACGGACACAUGGCGGCUCAGACUGUGCUGCCAAAGAAAGAUGUACCAAUUGGUGCGGCGCUCAUGUUGUUCGCACAAUCACUUGGAGGAGCCAUAUUUAUUGCCGUUGGCCAAAAUGUUUUUACAAACGGACUUGCGAGUCGACUGGCGACUAUACCUGGCAUCGAUGUAUCAACUCUCGUAGAUGGCGGGGCAACAACACUUCGAGACCACAUCAAGAGCCCGAAAAUCCUUGAUCGGGUGCUCAGUGAAUACAAUGAUGCCCUUCUUGAAGCGUUUCAUGUGGCAUUCGCGCUAGCAUGUCUAAGCUUACUCGGGGGGCUGGCCAUGGAGUGGAGAAACGUCAAGCGCCAGAAGAAGGAUUGA